AUGGAUCAAGUUGCCGACAAUCAGCAAGCAUCAGAAGUUAACGAAAUCUGGAAAGAUAUAUCUGAAUUCUUAAAUACAGAACAUGUUGGCAUCACAGAUCCACAUUACUGCUUCAGCUCAUUAUCACCACUAAAUACAGCUAAGAUCAAUCACCAACAUUCUCGAUGUUUUCAGAUUCACUGCCGAGAUCGAACGCAGUGCGAUCCACCUAUUGCUCUCAGUUUGCCUCCGAUACCUAGAAAAUUUGAAGUGAAACAUAAUGGAAAGACUACAGAAGAACAAAUUCAACAAACAUAUCAUUCAAAAGAAAAGGAAGUUCAUACACCACCAAAUUUUUCUGCUACAACAUACGAAUCAACUUCUGCCUUAUUUCUGGCUUCAUUAUCUUAUUCUAACUUUGAUGAAAAAACAAGUGAACCUGAAGUGAGAAACUUUUCUGCACAAGAGAUGUUGAAAAACGCUCCUACAUCAGAAGAAAAGAAACGAAAACGCCAGUUGAUGAUAAAGAAAUAUUUAAUUCACGAGUGUAUUCAUCCUGGCUGCUGCAAGAAAUACAAUAAAAGCUCACACUUAAAAGCUCAUAUGAGAACACACAGCGGUGAAAAGCCAUACAUCUGUAGCUGGCCAUCAUGUCUAUGGAAGUUUACAAGAAGUGAUGAAUUGACAAGACACUAUCGAAAGCAUACCGGUGACCGUCCAUUCCGCUGUUCUGUUUGUGGUCGAUUAUUUUCACGCAGUGAUCACCUCAAAUUGCAUCUGAAGCGUCAUUGCAGAAAUUGA